AUGCACUCUGCACACAACAUCAACCCACUCUUCGUUAUCGAUCGGCACACAUGCUCCGAGUAAACCUCACAAUAUUUUCACUUCAUUCAUCACGACCAACUCUUCCAGGAGUUUCAAGAACACGUUUAGAGGACGCGUGAUGGUGCGUCUGCGUUAACACCCGUGGUCAGUGAACGCGCCCUCUCUUUAAAAAGUGAUCUUCAGAAUGAACUAUAUCUUUUAAUAAUCUAUUUGACAGCAACAUAAACCGACGUUUCGCCUCCCGAUGUCUUUGACUGUAACAGCUGACUGUCUCUGAGAACCAUCCAAACAAUGGAUGGGAAGUCUCUGCGCUGCUUUUUUGAGACAAUAUUUACUUUUUAGAGCAACUGUUUUAUAAACAAGGAUGGCCUAUUAUUUGGAUCACAAUGAAAGAAAACAUUUUCGUCUUAGGGGGGGGGGGGUAGAUUAGAUUGUCGUCACAGAAAAAACAGUGCCACUUUACUUUUCAAGUAAUUAAUAAAAGAACAAACAAACAAAAAAAUCAAACAGGAUCAGUUUUUAGAAACACCUACCGGAUAAGUGCAAGAGAUUCACAAAAGAGCUCCGUUUCCAAUUAAUGAGCAAUAGACGGACCUAUGUGCCAAACCGCAAGGAGCCAGUGAGAGGCUAUGAAGAUACCGCUAUGGAGUUUCCCAGACUUCUCGCCUUGUUGCUGAUUUUGCUGGAGUGGACCCAGACAGGUCUCCUGUACCCUCUCAGGCCGAUCUGCGACCGGAAGGUCCUAGAACUCUUCAUAAAAGAGGCAAGAGAUGCUGAAGAUGCUAUGAAGUCCUGCAGUGAUGGAUGCAGCCUAUCAAACUCUGUCACAGUUCCUAAAACCCAAGUCGUCUUAGACUUAUGGGAACAUAAAAACGAACUUGAGAAAGCCCAGGAGGUGCAGUCUGGCCUAUGGCUUAUAGAAAAGGCCCUGAAUUUGCUACGGACCAACGUCAGAAACACAGCACUGCACAGCCAUAUAGACAACUCUAUUAGAAAUCUGGGCAGCCUCAACGCUGUUCUGCUUCGUCUCAAUAUCCAGGAAUAUGUUCCUCCUACAAAUACAGCCGAUAUCAGUGGAACAUGGGGAACCUCCUCUGCAACAGAUCUCUUUCCGGUCUACAUCAACUUCUUGCGAGGCAAAGUGAACCUCCUUCUCAAAGAGGCACAGGCUUGUCAGACUGAUGUCAGCUGAUCUACUGUAUUGCACUCUGGGCAGAACGUGUUUCUGUUUCCAAAGUCAAGAGGAGAAAGUUGUUAGCGUUCUGGACGAUGGUUGUGGCGUGGAAAGAAAUUCACAGCUGUCCUUGCUAAAAUGUAGGAAGAAAAAAAAUCACAGCUAGACUGUGGAUGGACAGGGGAUUCUUGCACUUUGGACCGUUCAUUUGUCCAAUGGCCUUGGUAAAGAACAAAACGAAGCCUUGUGGAUGCGUCGCUCCAAUUGUUGUUCUACUGGCACUGGUUCUCUUGCACUUUGUGUGUGAAUGUACUUCUUGUUUGUGUGAGUUACUCCACAUAGCGAGCAUUUGAUUGUUUUACAGUACCUGGGUCUGCACCGACAAUCGAGUGAGUUUGGGAGUGGAACGCUCACAACACAUGUAAUGCACCAGGAAAAUUGGAGGAUUUAAAGGCUGUGACUGGGUGAUCAUUUUUAAACAUGACAACAAAACAUAACAAUUGUAAUUGAAAAACAAUUGAGGCUUCAACUUAAAAGCAAAAGUUCUAAGCUAUCUCUAAAACACAGUUCUCAUCUCUGCUUUUUAGUAUUUUAAUAUAUUUUUUAUCAGUUGUUAAAUAACUAUUUAUAUACAGAUUUUCUACCCUAAAGCUAAUGUGUAUAUACUUUUAGCAUCAGAGAUUUUAGUAUGGCUCUCCUUGCCUUGUGCUCAACCUUGAUCACAUUUUCUGAGGUGUUUUGAUAUACACUAUAUGACCAAAAGUAUUGGCUCACCUGCCUUGACUCAUACUAUGAACUGAAGUGCCAUCCCAUUCCUAACCCAGAGUUCAAUAUGAUGUCGGGCCACCUUUUGCAGCUAUUACAGC